CUUGGGUGGCAUUCCAAUAUUCCUUAUUCAACAAGUGCCAGAUCUAACCAUCAUAAAAGCCAUGAGCUUGCAAGUGAUAACGAUUCUGAGAAUGGGGAUUCAGACAAUGAAUUGAGACAAACACGGCAGCGAACUCAAGUCAUGUUGCGAGACCAUGCAGCAUAUUGUUUACAUAUAUGCAACCCUGUUGAUGGUAUACUUCAUCAUGCUGGGCAUCUUUUUCACCAAUACAUUGUUGAUCA